AUGAUGAAUUCCAAGGUAUACAAAAAGACCAAGGUAGUCGAGACUUCCUUGGCAACUGUUCAGAUAGAGUCUGAAGUCUAUGAAACAAAGCCAGUAACAGUUGGAGAAGGACCACCAAGAUGGUUAAAGAACAUAGAACCAUCACAACAAAAUCCUGAAGCAAAGCGAGAAACAGAUCAGCGCCAGCAUAUGAAUCUCCUAUUUAAACUGGGACAAAAGCAUCAGUCUUCUUCUUUUUUGAGUGAAGAAAAAAGUGCAGGUUCUGGAUCUUCUGAUGAACGCAGGUCCAGAGAGCAAUUGUAUGGAGGAACCACCAUUGGUGUUCAUCGAUCUACAAGACACUUGGAUGUUUCAUCAGCUUCAGACGACUUGAGCAAGCAACAGAAGCAACCGGAGCCUGAGGACGUCCGAAAGGACGCAGCUGAAACCUAUCUUGGAAUCAGCCUAAGGGACAUUUCGAACAAGUUCUUCAUGACACAAAACUGCCCAACUGAUGGAGUGGAAGAGACCAAAGAAGGAGAGGAAGAUGCGAAGAGAGACAGCAGGCCUUCGCUUGUCGGUUUCGAUAUUGGAAAGGUGAUCCCGAAGAACCUUUUGGAAUCCAUCCAAACCAUUCCCGCAAUGUCAUUCUAUGGUUCCAACAGAUCGUCUGAUGAAGCUCCUUUGAAUGACCCAGUCAAUGGCAAAGCACCUUUAUUUACUGAAGAAAUGCGCGAAAAGCAACUCCAAAGUCUAGUGCCCCUGGAUGAAAUUCGAAUCAUUGACCCUUGCGAAGCUUGCCGCGUUGAUUUGACGACGGUGGAGGACGGUGACUUUUACUUGCGACGGACCGAAAGUGAUGAAAUGAGUUGCGUUACCAUCCCCAACAUGAAUGCUGCAUCGUAA